AUGGGGAAGACACCAGGCUGCGAGAGGAGGAGCUUUCACAGGUAUGACCUCCAUCUACCGAGUGGUUUGCAAGUCUGUCAGACAACCUGCCAGAGGACAACAGACAUCAUGAAUAUGAUUGUCUUCUUUCUUCUGGCCGUGCAAAUGCACAGUGUGGUGUCAGUGAAUCACUCUCUGCGGCAUAUCCAACUGGUGUACUAUCGAGAUUCAAAGCUCAAGCAGUAUGUUGACGAUGGUACUCUGGAUGGCCAAGACAUUUUCUUCUACAGGAGCAAGAACAGACAAGUAGAACCGGUUCAGGACUGGAUGAGAAAAAUCACAGCAGAAGAUCCUCAGUACUGGCAGAGAGAGACCAAGAAGGCUGUUGUUCGUGAGCAGUUCCUCACAAACAGAUUUGAAACUUAUUUGAAGGAUUUGAAUCAAACUGAAGGUGAUCAAGUUGCUGUGUGGUUUUCUGGAUGUAAAUGGAAUGAUGAGACUGAUGAGGUCACAGGUUGGUAUAUGGAAGACAUGGAAUUUACUGAAGACGAAAACCAAAUGAAGAGAUGGACCGCAGCAAAAGAUCAAGGGGAUCACAUCAAACUGAUCUGGGACGAUGACGAAGCUCCCCCAGACACCUUCAUGUUCGACAGUGAGGAGUGUCCUUCUUACUUGAAGAUGCUUGUGAGCAUCUUAACGAGAACAGAGCUUCCAAAGGUGUCCCUACUCCAGGAGACACCAUCUUCUCCGGCCAGCUGCAACGCAACAGGUUUCUACCCCGACAAAGCCGUCAUGUUUUGGAGGAAAGACGGCGAGAGGCUGCACGAGGGCGUGGACCACGGAGAAAUGCUCCAAGACGGAACCUUCCAGAUGUCUGUGGACCUGAACGUGACGGCCGACAUGGAGGGCAAGUACGAAUGUGUGUUUCAGCUGACUGGCGUCAAGGAGGACAUCGUCACCGAGCUGGAGAGCAGAAGCAUCCUGAGCAACGCGAGCGGUGAAGACCUCAAUACAACCAUCUCUGGUAAUAACAGCCAAGCAACCUCACGGCCGACCACCAUCACUAUCAGACCAACAACCAGCGGUACUUCCAAUGACAACCAAACUACUUUCUGGCCGAACACAACCAUUGAAGCAACCACCCGACCCAGUCUCAACAACCCGGAUGCCACCCCGCCAACUCCUGGUCACAGUAAGUCCACAGAUCAUCUGGAAGGUAAACAGACAAAGGGACAAUUUUAG